AUUUCCCAUUUUUAAGUUUCCAAUAAAUUUCCUGAUUUGCUGUACAUAUUUCCAUUUUUUAACUUUCCACAUUCUUUUUUCAAAUUAAUAAAUAUAAUGGUUAACCCUCAAAUUAGUAAAAACGGUGAACUUUUCGCCGAGCUGAAAUCCAAAAUUGCAGAGCACGAGAAAUUAUUCAAGAUAAAAGACAUCUUUGAUGACGCCUUGCUGGCUGCAUUCCUCCGGGGGAAAAAGUUCAAUGUGGACGAUACGCUGAAAUUGAAAGUAAAAAUGAUCUCGCUGGAAGAUAUUUUUAGACUGAUGAACAACAUCCCAACUCGACUGGCUGCCGUCCACUUGAUGAAUGUGGGUGCCAUCGGACGUUUAUUGGUGGCCUUUACGUUGCGAUACUUGAAGGCAAAAGUUCGCAGCAGGAUUUUCGUCCACGCGGAUUUUGCCUCGCUGCACGAGCACGUUCCAGCUUCCGAGCUGCCCGUCUCACUCGGAGGUCAUCUCAGCGAGGAGGACGCUUAUGAAAGCGAUUUCGUACCAAGGAUUCGUAGUCAACAAAGGUUUUACACAAAAAUUGCGCAAUUAGCGAGACAUUCGUAGGGUAAAUAUUUAUGAUAUUUGGCAAUUAAUUAAUUGAAGUUGUAACGAUGAUAUUAGAGGUUGAUUUUUUAUAGAUAAUUGUGACAUUUAAUAAAAGGGUCUUAUUUAACUGAUCAUUAUACAUAACUUAAU